CAGUCCACAAACCCAACACCCUCGUACCUCGUCGACCACCCGCUCGGGAGGCCUAUCGCAGCAGGGAUAGGCUCCUGCAUGGUGAAGGACCACCCUGCGCAUGCGCGCGACGUCCCGGGACGAGGACUGACUCUGCUCGCGCCCCCUCCCCGUCGCACAGCCCCGCUCAACCUCUUCCUCCCGCCCACCACCUUCCCCCGAGUACACCACCCACCAUGGCGGCCGACCUUCCGCUCGCGCUGAGCAUCAGCUUCGCGCCCGAGUCGUCGACCAUCUCGAUGACGCUCUUCAACCAGCCCGAGGCGUCCAAGCCGGCCCUCCCGCUCGAGUUCAAGUACCAGUACAACCCGUCGACGCCGUACGCGCCCAUCCACGAGGUCACCGACGACCGCAAUGCCCGCAUCAAGCAGCACUACUGGGACCUGUGGAACCUGUCGGACGACAAGACGCAGGCGUUCAACCAGCUCAAGGUGUCGGACUCGUUCGAGGGCGAGCUCGUCGAGAUCAACGCCGACGACAUCGAGUCGUUCUGCCGCGUCGUCGGCAUCGACGGCGAGGCGUACAAGCAGACGUACAAGGCCGGCAUGGAGGUCCCGCUCGACUUUGCCAUCAAGCUCAGCUGGAAGAGCAUCAUGAAGCCGAUCUUCCCGUCCGAGGUCGACGGCGACCUGCUCAAGCUCGUCCACCUGUCGAACGGCUUCCGCGUCCUCCCCGGCGCGCCGACGCUCAAGGUCGGCGACGUCGUCACGACCUCGUCGCGCAUCGACUCGAUCACCAACUCGGACACGGGCAAGACGGUGUCGGUCCGCGGUACGGUCUACCUGUGCUCGACGGCCGACGCCAAGGGCAAGGACAACGCGACGGCCGACCGCGUCCCGAUCAUCGAGGUCUCGUCGUCGUUCUUCUACCGCGGCAAGUUCAACGACUUUGCCCAGACGUUCUCGCGCAUCGAGCACCCGACCUACGCCGUCCCGCUCAAGACGCCCGAGAGCAUCGCCGUCCUCAUCUCGAAGGAGUGGUUCCAGUGGGACGACGACUCGAAGCCGCCCAAGGCCGGUACGACGCUCGAGUUCCGCGUCGAGUCCAACUACGUGUGGGCCGACAAGACGUCGUACGCGACGGCGACGUGCACCGGCGGCGCCUACAUCAUCACGCCCGAGCUCAAGCUCGCCGUCAAGGUGGCCACGAUCGACUUCUCGUCCGAGGGCGAGGGCGUCAUCAAGGGCAACCCGGUCCUCGAGUACCUCAAGCGCCACGGCACCCCGCUCGAGCAGCCCAUCAUGCUCGAGAACGGCGGCUACUCGCUCACGGCGCCCGGCCAGUGCGUCUUCACGACGCCGGCGUCCAACCUCGACUACUCGUUGACCUCGGGCGACACGAACCCGAUCCACACGAACCCGUACUUUGCGUCGCUCGCGUCGCUCCCGGGCACCAUCACGCACGGCAUGCACUCGUCGGCGCGCACGCGCAAGUACGUCGAGCAGGUCGUCGCCGACAACGUCGGCGCGCGCGUGCGCAAGUACGAGGUCGGCUUCACGGCCAUGUGCCUCCCGUCGCGCAAGAUGGAGGUCCGCCUCAAGCACAUCGGCAUGACGACCGGCGGCGAGCGCCUCAUCAAGGUCGAGACGGUCGACGUCGAGGCCGGCAACGUCGUCCUGUCGGGCACGGCCGAGGUCGCCCAGGCGCCGACCGCGUACGUGUUCACCGGCCAGGGCUCGCAGGAGCCCGGCAUGGGCAUGGAGCUGUACAACUCGUCGCCCGUCGCGCGCGCCGUCUGGGACGAGGCCGACCGCCACCUCGGCGAGGUGUACGGCUUCUCGAUCCUCGAGAUCGUGCGCACCAACCCCAAGGAGAAGACGGUCCACUUCGGCGGCCUCAAGGGCCAGGCGACGCGCCAGAAGUACAUGGACAUGACCUACACGACGACCGACACGGACGGCAACGUCAAGACGCUCCCCCUCUUUGGCGACAUCGACCUGCGCACGUCGCGCUACACGUUUUCGUCGCCGACCGGCCUCCUGUACGCGACCCAGUUCGCCCAGAUCGCGCUCGUCGUCACCGAGAAGGCGGCGUUCGAGGACAUGCGCGCCAAGGGCCUCGUCCAGCACGAUUGCGCGUUCGCCGGCCACUCGCUCGGCGAGUACUCGGCCCUCGCGUCCAUCGCCGACAUCCUGCCCAUCUCGGCCCUCGUCGACGUCGUCUUCUACCGCGGCAUCACGAUGCAGCGCGCCGUCGAGCGCGACUCGCUCAACCGUUCGAGCUACGGCAUGGUCGCCGUCAACCCGAGCCGCAUCGGCAAGUCGUUCGGCGAUGCCGCCCUGCGCGAGGUCGUCGACACGAUCGCGCGCCGCGGCAACAUCCUCAUCGAGGUCGUCAACUACAACGUCGAGGGUCAGCAAUACGUCGUCGCCGGCCACCUCGUCGCGCUCCAGUCGCUCACCAACGUCCUCAACUUCCUCAAGAUCCAGAAGAUCGACCUCGUCAAGCUCACCGAGACCAUGUCGCUCGAGCAGGUCAAGGAGCACCUGUGCGACAUCGUCGACGAGUGCGUCGAGAAGGCGCGCGAGCUCCAGGCCAAGACGGGCUUCAUCACGCUCGAGCGCGGGUUCGCCACGAUCCCGCUCCCCGGCAUCGACGUGCCGUUCCACUCGCGCUACCUGUGGGCCGGCGUCAUGCCUUUCCGCACCUACCUGUCGAAGAAGGUCAACCCGGCCCACUUCAACGCCGACCUCCUCGUCGGGCGCUACAUCCCCAACCUGACGGCCGUCCCGUACGAGGUCUCCAAGGAGUACGCCGAGCGCAUCCACGCCCAGACGAGCUCGCCCCGCCUCAACAAGAUCCUCAAGGCGUGGGACGAGGAGAGCUGGGGCGCGCCCGAGAACCGCAACAAGCUCGGCUACGCCAUCCUCAUCGAGCUCCUGUCGUACCAAUUCGCGUCGCCGGUCCGCUGGAUCGAGACGCAGGACAUUCUCUUCAAGGAGUUCAAGUUCGAGCGUCUCGUCGAGCUCGGCCCGUCGCCGACCCUCACGGGCAUGGCCACCCGCACCCAGAAGCUCAAGUACGACGCCCACGACUCGGCCCUCGGCGUCAAGCGCGUCAUCUACUGCAUCGCCAAGAACCAGAAGGAGAUCUACUACCUCCACGACGACGUCGCCGGCGGUGACGACGCUCCCGCUCCCGCCGCCGCCGCGCCGGCUGCGCCCGCCCCGAGGGCCGCCCCGGUCGCCGCUGCGCCUCCUCCGCCUGCGCCUGUCGCCGCCGCCGCCGGCCCGGCCGCGUCGGUCGCCGACGAGCCGCUCAAGGCCGCCGUCGACACGCUCCGGGCCAUCAUCGCGCAGAAGCUCAAGAAGCAGAUUCCGGACGUCCCGCUCGGCAAGUCGAUCAAGGACCUCGUCGGCGGCAAGUCGACGCUCCAGAACGAGAUCCUCGGCGACCUCCAGGGCGAGUUCUCGUCGGCCCCGGAGAAGGGCGAGGAGCUCCCGCUCUCCGAGCUCGGCGCCGCGCUCAACCAGGGCUACCCCGGCACGCUCGGCAAGUACACGACGGGCCUCGUGUCGCGCAUGGUCGGCGCCAAGAUGCCCGGCGGGUUCGGCCUCGCCGCCGUCAAGGGCCACCUCAACAAGGCGCACGGCCUCGGGCCCGGCCGCACCGACGGCGCGCUCCUCGUCGCGCUCACCAAGGAGCCCGAGAAGCGUCUCGGCAGCGAGGCCGAGGCCAAGACGUGGCUCGACGGCGUCGCGGCGGCGUACGCCUCGCAGGCCGGCGUGUCGCUCGGCGCGGCCGGCGGCGGCGGCGGCGGCGGCGGCAUGAUGGGCGGCAUGAUGGUCGACACCGAGGCGCUCGACAAGCUCCAGGCCAAGCAGGACACGUUCGUCGAGCAGCAGGUCGAGGUCUUCCUGCGCUACCUCGGCAAGGACUCGCGCGACGGCCACCGCCUCGCCGACCUCCAGAAGGCCGAGGUCGCCGCGCUCCAGAGCCAGCUCGACGCCAUCUCGCGCGAGCACGGCGAGGCGUACGUCCAGGGCAUCCAGCCCGUCUUUACGCCGCUCAAGGCGCGCCACUUCAACUCGUCGUGGAACUGGGUCCGCCAAGACGCCCUCACCAUGUGGAUGGACAUCCUCUUUGGCCGCCUCACGACCGUCGACCGCGACAUCACGGCGCGCUGCCUCGUCAUCAUGAACCGCGCCGACCCGGCCCUGAUCGACUACAUGCAGUACACGAUCGACAACUGCCCGACUGAGCGCGGCGAGAAGUACGUCCUCGCCAAGCAGUUCGGCCAGACGCUCCUCGACAACUGCCGCGAGAUGAUCGGCCAGGCGCCGCUGUACAAGGACGUCACCUUCCCGACCGCGCCCAAGACGAGCAUCUCGGCCAAGGGCGACAUCAUCGUCGAGGAGGUCAACCGCGAGGGCGUGUCGCGCCUCGAGAAGUACGUCGCCGAGAUGGCGGCCGGCUCCAAGGUGACGGUCCAGAGCGUCAACCUCGACAAGGUCCAGGAGCAGGUCGAGAAGCUGUACAAGCUCGUCAAGUCGCAGCCGCAGAUCUCGAAGCAGCACAUGACGUCGAUCAAGUCGUUGUACGCCGAGGUCGUCCGUGGUCUCGGCAAGGACGCGCCGCCGCCGUCGGCGCACAAGAUUGGCGGCCGCACCCGUCGCCCGUCGAGCCAGUUCCUGCGCCCGGCCGCCGUCCCCGACGCGACCUUCCUCCCCGAGGACAAGCUGCCGCUCCUGCACCUCAAGCGCAAGAUCGGCCACGAGUGGCAGUACUCGAGCAAGCUCACGUCGCUGUACCUCGACAUCCUCAAGGAGAUCGCGACGUCGGGCGUCACGUUCGAGCACAAGAACGCCCUCAUGACGGGCGUCGGCAAGGGCUCGAUCGGCAUCGAGAUCGUCAAGGGCCUGCUCGCUGGCGGUGCGCGCGUCGUGAUCACGACCUCGCGCUACUCGCGCUCGACCGUCGAGUACUACCAGGCCAUCUACCAGGAGUGCGGCUCCAAGGGCUCGUCCCUCACGGUCGUCCCGUUCAACCAGGGCUCGAAGCAGGACGUCGAGGCCCUCAUCGACUACAUCUACAGCAAGGACAAAGGUCUCGGCAUGGACCUCGACUACAUCCUCCCGUUCGCCGCCCUGCCCGAGAACGGUCGCGAGAUCGACGGCAUCGACGACCGCUCCGAGCUCGCGCACCGCAUCAUGCUCACCAACCUGCUGCGCCUCCUCGGCGCCGUCAAGAGCAAGAAGGCGGCCCUCAAGCUCACGACGCGCCCGACCGAGGUCGUCCUCCCGCUGUCGCCCAACCACGGCUUGUUCGGCAACGACGGCCUGUACUCCGAGUCCAAGAUCUCGCUCGAGACGCUCUUCAACCGCUGGAGCUCCGAGUCGUGGGGCGAGUACCUGUGCAUCGCCGGCGCCGUCAUCGGUUGGACUCGCGGCACGGGCCUCAUGAACGCGACCAACUCGGUCGCCGAGGGCAUCGAGGCGCAGGGCUGCCGCACGUUCUCGGCCAAGGAGAUGGCGUUCAACAUCCUCGGCCUCAUGCACCCGCUCGUGUUCGACGUCGCGCAGAUUGAGCCCGUCUGGGCAGACCUCAACGGCGGCAUGGACCGGCUCCCGGACCUCGCCAACCUCACGACCGACAUCCGCACCAAGCUCAACCUCACGGCCUCGACCCGUCGCGCCAUCGCCAAGGACAACGCGAUCGACUACAAGGUGCAGCACGGCCCCCAGGCCGAGCAGAUCCACCAGCAGAUCACGGUCGCGCCGCGCGCCAACUUCUCGCUCCCGUUCCCCGAGCUCAAGCCGGUCGACGCCUCGUCCGAGCUGGCCAAGCUGCGCGGCCUGAUCGACCUCGACAAGGUCGUCGUCAUGACGGGCUACGCCGAGGUCGGCCCGUUCGGCUCGUCGCGCACGCGGUGGGAGAUGGAGGCGAACGGCACCUUCUCGAUCCAGGGCACGCUCGAGCUCGCGUACGUCAUGGGCCUUAUCAAGCACUUCGACGGGCGCCUCAAGAGCGGCGCGCUGUACGUCGGCUGGGUCGACGCCAAGACGAACGAGCCGCUCGACGACAAGGACGUCAAGGCCGCCUACGAGAAGCACAUCCUCGCCCACACGGGCAUCCGCCUCAUCGAGCCCGAGCUGUUCGGCGGCUACGACCCCAAGAAGAAGGGUUUCACGCAGGAGAUCGAGAUCCAGCACGACCUCGAGGCGAUCGAGGCGAGCGAGGAGGACGCGGCACGGUUCAAGCGCGAGCACGGCGCCAUGGUCGACGUGUACGAGGACGAGGGCAAGUCGUUCGUCAAGUUCAAGAAGGGCGCCAAGCUCCACAUCCCCAAGGCCGUCGUCUUUGACCGCGUCGUCGCAGGCCAGAUCCCGACCGGCUGGUCGCACAAGGCGUUCGGCAUCCCGGACGACAUCGCGUCGCAGGUCGACCGCACCGCUCUCUGGGCCCUCGUCUCGGUGUCCGAGGCGCUCGUCAUGGCCGGCAUCACCGACCCGUACGAGCUGUACAAGUACGUGCACCCGAGCGAGGUCGGCUCGUCGCUCGGCUCGGGCAUGGGCGGCAUCACGUCCAUCUCGAAGAUGUUCCGCGACCGUCGCGAGGAGAAGGACGUCCAGAAGGACAUCCUCCAGGAGACCUUCAUCAACACGGUCGCCGGCUGGGUCAACCUGCUCCUCCUGUCGUCGUCGGGCCCGAUCAAGAUCCCGGUCGGCGCGUGCGCCACCGCGCUCCAGUCGGUCGAGAUCGCGUGCGACACCAUCCUGAGCGGCAAGGCCAAGAUCAUGAUCGCUGGCGGCUACGACGACUUCUCCGAGGAGGGCUCGUACGAGUUCGCCAACAUGAAGGCGACGUCCAACAGCGAGACCGAGUUCGCCGCCGGCCGCGAGCCGAACGAGAUGUCGCGCCCGACGACGAGCACCCGUGCCGGCUUCAUGGAGUCGAUGGGCUGCGGCGCCCAGGUCCUCAUGUCGGCGCAGACCGCCAUCUCGAUGGGCGCGACCAUCUACGGCAUCGUCGCCUACACGGCCACCGCGACCGACAAGGCCGGUCGCUCGAUCCCUGCUCCGGGUCGCGGCGUCAUGGGCACCGCUCGCGAGGUCAAGUCCAAGUACCCGUCGCCCAUCCUCGACGUCACGUACCGCCGCCGCCAGCUCGAGUUCCGCCGUCACCAGAUCUCGCAGUGGUUCGAGAACGAGACUCAGCUCCUCAAGAUGGAGGUCGACUCUCGCGCCGGCGAGGAGCUCCCCAAGGACUUCGUCGGCGAGCGCUUCGCCGCCAUCGAGCGCGAGGCCAAGCGCCAGGAGUCCGAGGCCCUCAACACGUACGGCAUGCUCGCCGGCUCGGACCCGUCGAUCGCGCCCAUGCGCCGCGCUCUCGCCGUCUGGGGCCUCACGAUCGACGACGUCGGCGUCGCUUCGUUCCACGGCACGUCGACUGUCGCCAACGACAAGAACGAGUCGAACGCGUACAACGAGCAGUUCAAGCACCUCGGUCGCGCCAAGGGCAACGCCGUGCCCGUCAUCGCGCAAAAGUGGCUCACCGGCCACCCCAAGGGUGGCGCCGCCGCCUGGAUGCUCAACGGCAUCGCGCAGUGCAUCCUGAGCGGCCUCGUGCCGGGCAACCGCAACGCCGACAACGUCGGCGAGGAGCUGCGCGCCUUCGAGUACCUCCUGUACCCGUCCAAGUCGAUCCAGACCGACGGCAUCAAGGCCGGCCUCCUCACGUCGUUCGGCUUCGGCCAGGUCGGCGGCCAGGCGCUCAUCAUCCACCCGAGCUACCUCAUCGGCUCGCUCGAGCCCGAGCAGUUCGCGGCGUACAAGGACAAGAACGACGUCCGCCGCAAGGCCUCGUACCGCCGCUUCAACGACUUCAUGUCGAUCGGCAAGCUCGUCGUCAUCAAGGACGGCUCGCCCUUCUCGGCCGAGCAGGAGAACCCGACGCUCCUCAACCCGCUCGUGCGCGCCGUCGAGGACGGCAAGGGCUCGUUCACGAUGCCCAAGGUCUUCCCGACCGCGCUCGCGGCGGCCAAGUCGACCAACGCCGACAUCGCCCACAAGCUCAUCACGACCGCCACCGACGCCGUGCACGGCGUCGGCACCGACGUCGAGCUCAUCAGCGCCCUCCCGAUGAGCGAGUCGUUCAUCUCGCGCAACUUUACCGAGGGCGAGAUCGCCUACUGCCAGGCCGCCGCCGACCCUCGCGCGUCGUUCGCCGCUCGCUGGAGCUCGAAGGAGGCCGUCUUCAAGAGCCUCAAGACGCAGAGCAAGGGCGCCGGCGCGUCGCUCAAGGACGUCGAGGUCGUCUCGACGCCGACCGGCCCGCAGGUCGAGCUCCACGGCGAGGUCAAGGCCAUCGCCGACAAGGCCGGCAUCAAGAGCUUCGAGCUCAGCAUGUCGCACAGCGACGACACGGCCGUCGCCGUCGUCAUCGCUCGCUCGUAGACGAGAGCAGGAGCGUAGAAGAUCGAAUAGAGGAGGCGAGAGGAGACGAGGGGGAGGAGGAGGACGAGGGGUUCUGGCUUAGUCGUUCUGGAACCGCAGCUUUCUGUUCGAUGCAUCG